GUUGAACAGUCGCUAAAGGUCCAUGAUCAAAUUUACCAAAUACGAUGGACGUAUAAAUUCUCGAUGAUAUUUAAGUUUGUUUAGUUGAUUAAUCCAAACUCUACUCAAGCAGGCCCAAUCCAGCAUUACAGCAUUUUAUGCUUGACGGCAGAGACCAAAACAACGGAUAAUGGGUGACACCAUGAAAGCUUGGCAGUAUUCUGCCAUCAACAACAAGCUCGAGGAUUCACUUAUUUUCAACAACUUAGCGCCCAUGCCAAGCUCCUCAGACUUGAGAAAAGACGAGCUGAUUAUCAAGGUCAUCAGCGUAUCUCUCAACCCGGCAGACUUUAAAGUUCCCGAAUCAACUUUCAUCGGACGCCUGAUGGUCGCGCGCCCUGCCACACCCGCCAUGGACUUUUGCGGCCGCGUCGUGGCUACACAUCCCUCUAACUCUAGCUUCCAAGUCGGACAGCUUGUUUUCGGGGGGUACGCUGGUGUCGGCCAAAGAGGCACAUUGGCAGAGUACAUCGUCAUCUCAGGAGCACACUGUGCACCCCUCCCGGAUGGCAUAGAUCCUGAUCAAGGCGCGGCGGUUGGCACAGCAGCGACAACAGCCUGGCAGUCUCUGAUGCCAGAUGCACUGAAAACUGGUGGCAAAGUGUUCAUCAACGGAGGGAGUGGCGGCACAGGCACAUGGGCUAUUCAACUGGCGAAAGCCUUGGGCGUUGAGGUUGUGACCACGUGCUCCACCAAGAAUAUCGAUCUCUGCCGACAGCUUGGCGCGGAUGAAGUCGUUGACUACACGAAAGAAGAUAUCUUAUCCAACUUGAAGGAUCGGGGAAAGGUCUUUGAUCUGAUCAUCGACAACGUUGGUAGCUGUUCUGAGCUGUACGACAACAGCAGCGCCAUCUUGAAGCCAAACGGAACUUUCGUUAUGGUGGGCGUUGGAGAAAGUCUCACGCUUUCGGGAUCAUUCUCAAUGUUGAGCAAGAUCAUUUACUCAAAGACCUUGGGUGGAGAACGAUUCUAUUUCGUUCGCAUGCAGAACACCGCGGACUAUUUUCGACGUAUCGGCGAGUUGAUGGUUGAGGGAGAGACCAACGCGGUGGUUGAUUCGACGUUCGGCUUCGAGCAGGUGCCGGAUGCUUACAGGAGAUUGCGGGAGGGACAUGCCAAGGGCAAGAUCAUUGUUCAUGUUUCGAAAUCUAGUGGCAGUAGCACUGCGGAGUGA